AUGCCACCACCUCCAUUCCAAAUUGUGGUCGUCUGUCCGCUUGAUCGUGUCCAGACGAGCGUGGGAUUUUCCAGCAACAGCAAUGUACACCAUCUGACGGAUCUCUGGCGGCAGGCGUGUGAAGAAGAGGCUGUUGUCCGUUGCCCAUUGAUCACUCGCGCUCCUCGAGGCAUACGAGAAGGACACCGGUCGACGGUUAGGAGGGAGGAUCGGUAUCAGGGGCGUCCGGGGCCGCCGACGACGACGCGGUGGUGCAUUACGCGAAGACUCAUGAUGCUCGGCCUGGUCUGGAUGGCCGCGCUGGGUGAUCUUUCGAAUCCACUGGGUGAAUCUCGGCAUGCUCUCACGCAUCUGGCGACAACUACGGGCUGCAAGUUAGCUUUAGUGGUGGGGGAUGGGCUGGCUGGUCGUCCAUGGCAUGCUGAGGGAGGGCUGCAGGAGAAGAAGGCUGGGGGUCAGGACGAUGCUUGCAGGGCACUAGGGGAGGCAAUGCGACGAGUCGAAUGCUGCCGCUGCCGCGUCCAUCGAACAAUCCUGGGACGAGCUACUUGCACCCAGCCCGUAUCUGCGAGGACAGAGGACCUGCCGGAGUUGUAUAUAAUGUCUUCAGACAUGGAAGCCGCCGUCAAGCUGUUCUUCUCCUCUCCGCGAUUCGCGGUCGCUGGCGCAAGCACCGAUGCCAGCAAGUUUGGCUAUAAAAUCCUGGCGUGGUAUCAUCAGCACUCUCUGGCCGUCACUCCGCUGAAUCCCAGGGCGUCCUCGAUCUCUCUGCCGUCCAAAUCGUACACAACAGUCGCAUCUCCAUUGGACCUGUCUGCACCGUCACAGACAUCACUUUCUAUCGUCACGCCUCCAAAGGUGACUAUCCAGGUCCUGCGUGAUGCAAAGUCGGUGGAUGUGCCCGCCGUGUGGCUGCAGCCGGGAACUUACGAUGACGAGGUGCUGGAAUACGCCCGCGAGAACUUCAAGGCGAUGGUUGGAGGGCCAGGAGGACAAGGAAGCGAGGGCUGGUGUGUCCUCGUAGAUGGCGAGGAUGGCCUCGAUGCUGCUGGCGUCCAGUGGACUACUCAGAAACUGUGA